AUGUCCACCCCGGCGAGGAGACGGCUUAUGAGGGAUUUUAAAAGACUUCAAGAGGACCCCCCUACCGGUGUGAGUGGAGCGCCUUCGGAGAACAAUAUCAUGCUCUGGAAUGCUGUUAUUUUUGGGCCCGUCGGCACGCCAUUUGAAGAUGGAACGUUUAAGCUUCUUAUUGAGUUUUCCGAGGAGUACCCGAACAAGCCUCCUACGGUUCGCUUCGUCUCCAGAAUGUUUCAUCCUAAUGUGUAUGCUGAUGGCAGUAUAUGUUUAGACAUCCUCCAGAACCGCUGGAGCCCUACUUAUGACGUUUCGUCCAUACUCACCUCCAUCCAGUCGUUGCUGGACGAGCCCAACCCAAACAGCCCAGCCAACAGCCAGGCAGCGCAGCUCUACCAGGAGAAUAAGCGCGAGUACGAGAAGCGAGUGACGGCCAUAGUGGAGCAGAGCUGGGUAGACGUGUGA